CGGACCAGUCAGAAAACUGACGUCACGUGGAGACUUGGGUGUGCAUUGCUGCACUUACCGUACCCGCCUCUCCCUGAACAAAAUGCAGCUCGUCCGCAUGCUUGGCGGCAUGUUGCUGGUGGCGGCGCUCAUGUGCUCAGGCAACUUGUGCAUCAGUGCGUCCAAGGAAGACGGUAAGAUCCCGUACAGCAGCACGACUGUCACGCUGCUCAUCGAGGUGCUCAAAUUGGUGGUAAUGCUCGCCGCAAUUGUCAUAACGGAGACGCCACCACCCGCGCGCUUCGUACCCAUCGAGGCCUUUUACUACGCCGUCCCUUCUUUCCUCUACACCAUCGACAACAACCUCAAUUACGUUAUUCUGCGCUAUAUGGACGCUGCCACGCUCUCUGUUCUGUGGAACCUCAAGAUUGUGGUCACGGCCGUGCUCUUCCGCUUCGUGCUGAAGCAUCCGCUAUCAGAGCUGCGUAAAACUGCCAUUUUGCUGCUGGUUGUGGGCGUACUCACUAGCCAAUCGAACCACUUACGGCAGAUGGAGGGCGCGAUGACCAAUAAUGGCAGCGGUAGCGGAAUGAGCAUGCAGUCGGAGGAAGACGCAGCGGCGGACAAGAGCGCUAAAGAUCUGGUAGUUGGUGUAAUGUUGGUACUGGUGGCCGUAACGUUGUCGUCGUGUGCUAGUGUGUUCACUGAGUGGGCGUUCAAGCGGAAGUCGAGCUGUCCAUUCCUAUGGCAGAACAUGCAGAUGUAUGUAUUUGGCAUUCUAUUCAACGCCGCAGGAGUUUUGCUAGUGGAGGGUGAAGAAAUCUCGUCGAAGGGAUUCUUUCACGGCUACAACAAUUGGACAUUGGCUGUGGUGGUGGUGAAUAGUAUUGGCGGCAUCGGCAUGGGCUUCAUCCUCAAGUAUCUGGACAACAUCGCGUGCGUGUAUUCCCACUCCAUGGCGAUGAUGCUCACGAUGCUCUUCUCAAUGCUUUUCUUCGCCUUCAAACCGUCACUAGAGUUCGGCUGCGGCCUCACAGUUCUCGUCAUCUCCAUGUACAUCUACCACCAUCCACUGGCACAUUUCGAUGCGAUGCUUCCUACCGAUACCGGUAAACACCGUCGCUUUUCAGGCACGUGCUCUGAGAGGCACGAAUCAUCUGGCGAGAGUGAAAUCACUGAACGUAGUGAGAAGAAGCGGUUGGCAAAGUUGAGACAGCAAGAACAGGACGACGGCGAGUACGAUACGGACACGUCCUCGAUCGCUUCAAGCAGCGGCGGAUCGCUGUCAUCGAUGGCACCUCGGUCAAUGCGCGGGCUACAGCUGAAGAAGACGCAGUACUCGAUGCUUCCCGGUGAGUCAGAGGAUCUUGAAAGUGCACGUGCCAACGCCAAGACGAUGGAGGUGUCACUUAACAACAACCAGACGAACAAUUGAGCCCCCGUCACUUAAGCUUAUUGAACGUGGUGACAAGGACUCAAUGAGCGUGGCAUUCCUUAUACAGUAUAUGACAUGUGAAUACAUAAAUGUCCGAGCUAGCAGCAGCAUUUCAACGUGAUGUAGCCAUGUCAACGAUAAAUGGCUACACUCAGAUUCAUGUGCGAC